AUCUGUGUUUCCGCUGUCGCACAGAGUGUGCCCGCAUCGAUCCGACACCCAGCGUCUGUACACCCUGUAUUCGCCACACCCAGUGCAGUCGCAUGUUUACCGUUUCGACGUAACGAGGUCUGAUUUGUUUCAUCAAAGAUUCGGAAAGACCCUUUGUCAUUUUCGAGUGUCUGCUGUGUUCAAUUUUUGCCUUCGCGACGGAUGAAAGUGCCUCACUCGUGGCGGAGCAGCGCAACAAGCGCCUUGUAUCGAAAAUAGCGGCUGGCUGGUGCUGCAGGGUUUUUUGGAGCAUUUUGUCCACUGAGAAGUGGUUUGACUCUUUUUUCGGAUGCUGUUGGCCUAUGUAAUGAACUAUUGCUGCGAAGUUUUGUCCUAGUCCCCGAGAAUUUUCUCUUUCCGCAGAGCGUUCAAUCAAAUUGUCUGGCGUAUUACAGACCCCUGGCGUGUCGAGCGACUGGCGCACAGCACAUCGGGCGCUCGCUCCUUUUUUCUAAAACACGUGAAUGACUGCAGCGCAGUUCUCCACUUUCGUUUUUCAUCGGGAAAUACUUGCAUGUUUGUGUAUCGAGAGAUGCAUCUCCUGAUCAGCCUUCAGAGAGUCACCAGCUUGCAUGUAAUUGCGGUGUUUGGGUGUCGCUCUGUUGAUCUGUGGAGCUAAAUAGGGCCGUGCCAACGUGUUGACGUUAUUUUUUCCCUCAAACAACCUUAGUCGUUCUGGCCGUGUAUGUCUCGCCCUUGUGCUUGCCCGUAGCGUCUUUCUUCAAAGCAUAUGCCCGCGCCUCCUCACGCUUCCCUCUUUUCCUCGGAGGGACCGCAGUCGUUUCAGCGUUUCGCUGGCGAGUCCGUCCCCGAUGAAACCCCUACGCCGGCGUGCUGCUCACGCUUUCCUCUAACUGCCUUAAACCCGUUAACUUACCCCUGCCCUUCUUUUUUCUCCUCGUCACGUUCACUCACCCUUUGGCUCUGGCAGCUCUUCUUUAUCGCCGCUCUUGCUCUCCGAAGUUUCUCCCUAUUCCAACGCCUGCCUCCUGCGCAUUGCCGCCACGGUGGACAAAAUGUGGCGGAACCUUUGUCCGUGUUUAGUUGAGUUGUCUCUCUCCUCUCAGGCGGGCAGAGCGGCGACUCGCCAGGUGUUGCACGGAACCUUCAUGGGACAGCAAUCCUCCCUGACGACGAGAGUGCAGCCUGUAGGACGACAGGUAGUUCAAGGAACGGACUUUGUUCUCAGAGACCGCAAGCGCCACACUCUCUGCCUGCCUGCCCCAUCGGGUGUCUCUCCGCUCUCCUCUUCAACUGUGAUAUCUCCGGUCGUUUCCCCAGCGGCGUCUCACAGUGACUGCCUCGUCGCUCCAUUCUUUCCCGUGUCCUCCUUUCACGUUUUCGCAUCUCCUUGCUUUGUUCCUUUCUUCAAUUUCUCUUCGAGUGGAUGUCGCAGAAGAGACAGGGGGACACCGGCGAAGGGACGCGAAGUGGGAGGAAGUCGAACGCUCAUCUCUCACUCUUCUCUCUCUCCGGCGUCAUCUCCGGUUAUCUCUUUUCUCGGCGGAGAACGCAGGGACGUCGAGGAAGGAGGCGUGCUCAGGCCGCUUUCUUCGCCACUCGAAGACUCGCGCAAGAUGCGCAGACAUGACAGUGGACAGCAAGAGAACUCACAAAGAAGGGGGGACAGCGAAAAAUUCCGACUCCGGAUUGCCAGCAUCGCGAGCGCCUCCCUUCUCUUCGCCUUUGCCUUUCGUCAAUGGGCUGAAGGACAAGAAGAAAAACGCAGAAAUGUUUGGUGGAAAGAGUCAUCUCGCUUUUCUCCUUCGUCAUCUUCGCCUUCUUCUCCUUCUCUUUCUCCCUCAUCUCCUCAUCUUUCGCCCUCCUCUUCUUCCCUUUCUUUUCUUUCUCCUUUAUCUUCCUCUGUGUCUGCACCCUAUGGCCGGCCUCCGCUGCCUGCGUCGUAUCCUCACGCGUUUCGUCUGCCUUCUGAGGUAGCGAGCAGAGAGGAUCUUGUAUCGGGACCCGACAGAGAGAAGGAGCUCUCUGGUGGUCCUGCGUCUGCUGUCGAGGCGCCCCUGCCGCCUCCGUCCCUCUCUUCUCCCGUUUCUAAACUUGCCCUUGCUCUCGCCUCUGAUGUUUCCCCUUUGCUUCCUUCUUCGUCCUCUGGUGAGGAUGUGGAGGCUUUUCUUUCUCCGCUCUCUGAGGCAGAGAUUCGGCGAGAAACAGCUCGACAGAUGCUGCUUGGCAAACCACUGACAGUGAAGGGCAUGGGUGACGUGACACCCGGGAGUCGCGUGAUUGUCCAUGACUGCCGCCCUCUGAGAGAAAACGCUUCUCUCGUUUUCGACUUUCUGAGAGCAGCUGACAGCGCGUUUCUCUCCACGAGUGGGGAUGCGAAGGCAGAAAAGGAAAUAGGGGACAAGGGAGAAUGCGAAGAAGAUCCAGAACUCCAAGAAGCGCUUGCGGCUUUGUACGACAGCGAGAUCGAGUUGUGGGAGUCUGCGGCUUUCCGGCAGAUCGUUGAGGCAUGGCGCGAGGAGUUAUAUCGACGCUCGGCGGUCGGGGACGUUCUGGAAGUCGGCGUCGGGAGAGCUCGUGGACUUUGGAAUCCAGGGUGGAAACAAUGGUGUUCGAGUUACACGGGCGUUGAUGUGAGAUUGCACGAUGAAGCUCGAAGAACUGUGGAGAUGCUUUCUUCUCCGUCCCAUCGCAGCGGCCCUGCGUUGCCUCUCCUCGAUCUUCUGGAAUCGGACGCGCAUGAUCUCCCCUUCCCCGGAAGUUCCUUUGACUCUGUUUUAAGUCACCGCGUGCUCUGCUGCGUAAAGUCGCCGGCCACUGUCGUCUCCUCGUUGCUUCGGGUGCUUCGCCCGGGGGGAAUUCUUUUGCUCUUUGAGCACGGCGGCCUUCACCCCGCUGUCGAGCGAGCUCUUGCAACAGGUUGUUCGGAUACGAAAGAGGGAGAGACGCGGGGGAAGAACACAAGAAAAGGAAUGACAGGAGAGGAGACAAGAGCAGGAAUGGGCAACGCUCUGGGAGACACUCGUGGGCGUCUGAGCGAGGAAAGGCUGGAGAAGACGCAGGAGAGCGCAGAGCGCAGGCAUCGCAAGCAGGUAGGCCGAACGAGGAAGGAAGGGAGGCGGAGGAGACAAACAGACUUCGAGAGAGAGAGAGAAGUCGAAGGAUGCUCCGAAGGGGCAACUGCUGAGGAGGCAAAGGCAGAAGGCGAAAGAAACGGAAGCAAACAAGGAACAGUAGACUGGGAAAAACUCUUUCCGCUGCCUCCUGAAGAACUCGAGGAAGCUGUAGCUGCUCUCCAGAUGCCUACAAGCUUCUCCGGGAGACAGAAAAGGACAGGAGACAGCGAAUGGGCAUCCGGAGAAAGCGAGGCAGAGGCCAGCAAGACUGGAACAUGCGCGUGGAUUGAUGUGCUUGGAGAGACAAUUCAAAUCGCUCACAAGCAAGAGAGAGGAGAAGGCGACAACGCGACUUCUCCCUCUCGCGAGCGACGAACGAACGAGACGACGAGCCUUCCAGAAGGCCUGCAGGCUUCGUGGACAGAAGGCAAAGAAUCAGCAUCUGGUGCCGUCUACGGCGAUCCGUUCCGGUCCUCUGUGUCGUCCGACGCGAAAACACCGAUCAUUGAAGAAGUUCACAUUUUCGUGUCUCCUCGACCAGAGAUCGAGCGAAGCUGGACCUGCCUGCGUUGCGUAGCUGCGGGACCUUAGGGGGGGACUGGUCUGCUUUGAAGACAAAGAAAAUCCCGCAGAGACAUAAAAAAACCGGGGAAGACUGGCAUGAGUCGGUCGUCUUGCUGGGGGAAGAAGAAACUUUGCUACUUUUGCAUGCAACCAGGGGGGGGGAUUGUGCACAGAGGCUGGACUCGAAACGCUUGAACCUAACGACCUGGGGAAGCAGAUCUAGGAAAAAGAGACAUGAACAGAGGUAGAAAGACGAUUGGCGCACUGCGGUAGCGACUCCUGGGAAGAAGACAUGGAUGUCGCUGAACUGCCGUCUUUGUAAGAAGAAGCAUGCCUCACAGCUCGAUGCGCGAGGACGGGGACUCAAAGACAUAUACAGACACCCUCAAGUGUAGAGUCAUACCUGUACACGCAUACAUCUAUACAAUAUAUAUAUAUAUAUGUAUUUGUAUAAGUUUGUAUGUAUGUAGAUGUAUCGCGAAGGUGAAUAAAAUUGACAACGGUUACAUGACAAGGGGUUUGGAAGCCAGAAGCAGAUUCGCUUGUAUGUCUCUGCAGAUCUUUUCGUAAAAACUCAUGCAGGUAAUGAGGGGGCAGCGUAUUUCGAGGAACUUGGCAGCCGUUCGUCAGCGCUUCACCAUCUUCGGGACCUUCCGCCUCACCCGACAUUCGUUUCUUUCAGAAAAGACAUUUCUGAGUAAAACCAUGUCAAACUAGAGGCUGACAUUGUUCAAAUCUGGCCAGUGCUCAUGUUCACCGUCACAUGCAUAUCUAAACACACCCACGAAGAAGCCGUUUAUGUCCUGAAGAAAGUGUCUCCUGAACUUCGAUUUCCCUGCCGCGUAUGCGGCUCCUGAAACUCUGCAAGACGAGUAGACUCCUAGUUCGUUUCUUGAAGGUUUCUGC